CAGUGGAUAAAUAUCUUCCUGAAGUGAUAUCUCGCUAGACGCUAGGCAGAAAAGAAGAAGAAGAAACAAUGGCAGCUGUCCAGAACGAAAGCCACGAAGCGGAGGUGUCCGUAUGGAUCUUCGGCUACGGAAGCCUCUGCUGGUAUCCCGGAUUCGAGUACGAAAAGUGCAUCACUGGCUACAUCCGGGGAUACGUGAGACGUUUCUGGCAGGGUAAUACGACCCACAGAGGGACGCUAGAGAAGCCGGGUCGCGUAGCAACCCUUAUUGAGGAUAACAACGGCAUCACGUGGGGCUGCGCAUUCAAAGUGACCGGCCAGCUGGCGCUCGAUUACCUCAAGCAGCGCGAGUGCACCCUCGGCGGUUACCAAACGGACUACAUCAAGUUCUUCCCCCGCAAGGCAAGCGAAUGGUCCGGCAUCAGUGGGCAGGCCUUCCCGGCCCUCGUCUACAUCGCCACCCCGAAGAACGACCUCUGGAUCGGUGAGGAACCGCUGGUCGAGACGGCCCGGCAGAUUGCCGAAUGCGAGGGCCCGAGCGGCCACAACGUGGAAUACCUGAUCCGGUUGGCGAUCUUCAUGCGGGAGGAGCUGCCCGGUGCCCCCGACGAGCACCUGUUCGAGCUGGAAGGACUGGUGAGGCGGUUCGUUGCGGAAGCGAACGUAGCAGUCAAAAGCUUACUCGGGAAUACACCGCGCCGUAUCCGACGGGAUUCCCACGAGGAAGUUCGACGACACGUUUCGUUCGAGUUCACCGCGAGGGUACCGGAGAAGAAGUUGAGAUGCUUGCACAUUUAAGAUAAGACGACUUUU